UCCUGUUGCUCUGAGGAGGCAGGCCGGUGAUUUUCCACUGCCGCUGAUGUCUCUGGUCCCCCGGUUUUAAGAGACAAAGGUCAGAAACAGAAGCUUAUAAAUAGGCUAAAAUAAAAGCUUCUGACGCGUCCAGAGCUCAGUGGCUUCCGCGGAGACAGGAGGACCCGGACAAGACGGAACGGACAAGGGAGCACGCGCAAAGGAUAAAAAAGGACACAAUUAAUCUAAAACAUCACAUCAACGCAGCAGAAUGGCUCAGAAAGAGAAACUUCAGUGCCUGAAGGACUUCCAUAAGGACACUUUGAAGCCGUCUCCUGGAAAGAGCCCCGGCACUCGUCCUGAAGACGAGGCGGAGGGCAAACACCCGCAGAGGGAGAAGUGGGCCAGCAAGCUGGACUUUGUUCUGUCCGUGGCUGGCGGAUUCGUGGGUUUAGGGAACGUUUGGCGUUUCCCGUACCUCUGCUAUAAGAAUGGUGGAGGUGCAUUUCUCAUCCCCUAUUUCAUCUUCCUGUUUGGCGGAGGUUUGCCUGUCUUCUUCCUAGAAGUUGCUCUUGGUCAGUUCACCUCUGAGGGUGGCAUCACCUGUUGGGGGAAGCUCUGCCCCAUCUUUACUGGCAUUGGUUACGCCUCCAUUGUGAUCGUUUCCCUCCUGAAUAUCUACUACAUUGUCAUCCUGGCCUGGGGUCUGUACUACCUGUUCCAGUGUUUCCAGCCGGAGUUGCCCUGGGCCAAGUGCAAGCAGCCCUGGAACACAGAUCACUGCAUCGAGGACACGUACCGCAAGAACAAAACCAUUUGGUUGGCUGCCAACGCCUCCAACUUUACCUCCCCCGUCACUGAGUUUUGGGAACACAACGUGCUGGGAAUCACCAGUGGCAUCGAGGAGAUGGGUCCUGUGAAAUGGGACCUGGCCCUGUGUUUACUGCUCGUCUGGGUCAUCUGCUUCUUUUGCAUCUGGAAGGGUGUGAAGUCAACUGGAAAAGUGGUUUACAUCACAGCCACAUUCCCAUUCGUCAUGCUCAUCGUCUUGUUGAUCCGUGGGGUGACUCUGCCAGGUGCUUCUGAGGGCAUCAAGUUCUACCUGUACCCUGACCUCAAUCGUCUGAAAGACCCAGAGGUGUGGAUAGAUGCUGGCACUCAGAUCUUUUUCUCCUAUGCCAUCUGUUUGGGCGCCAUGACAUCCUUGGGGAGCUACAACAAGUACAAAUACAACUGCUACAGGGACUGUUUGCUGCUGGGAGCCCUCAACAGUGGUACCAGUUUUGUGUCUGGCUUCGCAAUAUUUUCCGUCCUGGGCUUCAUGGCACAAGAGCAAGGGGUGGACAUUGCUGAUGUGGCAGAGUCAGGUCCCGGCCUGGCGUUCAUUGCAUACCCCAAGGCUGUUACCAUGAUGCCUUUUCCUACACUCUGGGCCAUCCUCUUCUUCAUCAUGCUGCUGCUGCUUGGCCUCGACAGUCAGUUUGUGGAGGUGGAAGGGCAGAUCACAUCACUGGUGGAUCUGUAUCCAUCCUUCCUAAGGAAGGGUUACUGCAGAGAGGUUUUCAUCGCUAUCAUCUGCUGCAUCAGCUACCUCCUUGGACUUACUAUGGUUACCAAGGGUGGCAUGUAUGUUUUCCAGCUGUUUGACUACUAUGCAGCUAGCGGUGUGUGCCUUCUGUGGGUGGCAUUCUUUGAAUGUAUUGCUGUUGCCUGGGUUUAUGGCGCUGAUAAUUUUUAUGAUGCUAUCGAGGACAUGAUUGGCUACAGACCAAAUCCAUGGAUGAAAUGGAGCUGGACUGUCGUCACUCCUUUACUGUGCAUGGGCUGUUUCUUCUUCUCUUUGGUCAAGUACAAGCCACUGACAUACAACAAGGUGUACCAGUACCCUGACUGGGCCAUCGGAAUAGGCUGGACCCUGGCCUUGGCCUCCAUGAUCUGCAUCCCCAUGGUGGUUGUCAUUAAGAUCAUUCGAUCUGAUGGGCCACUCAUCGAGAGGAUCAAGGCCGUGGCGGCCCCCGUCCGCGGUGGAGCCAGCUCCCGUCCUGCCGACCACCGCGGCCCCAGUGAGCUCACCCUUCCGCUGGACCCCAACGGGAACAAGGGCAUUCUGAUGAAGGCCCCCACUCACACGAUCGUAGAGACCAUGAUGUAAAGGAAGGAGGAGGCGGGUCUCAGUGAGAUCCUCUCCUGACCUCGGAUGCUUCUGAAGCUAGCUAGUUUUCCGUCUGUCUUUGUCUUUCUGGUGGACUGAAAAGGGUUUGAAGGAAAAAAAAAAAAACUCAUGCUCCAAAUCUUUUAGGAAUACUUUUAUUUGCUGCAGGUGGAUUUUAAAAGAACAACAAAUCCUAAAUCUAUUCCAGAAGUCCUUUCUCGUGACACCACAACAGGGUCAGUUGGCUCUGACCUCCGGUCAUAUGCAGCUACUUUCACCUAUAAUCAGCCUUUGUUCCCGACAAGAGUCUGCAGAUGGAGGUAGUCUUUUGCAAAAUGAACAAAUAAUUUGUUCCGAAUGUUUUUUCAUCUCACAAUUUUCCUAAAGCUUCCCAAGGUAAACCCCGAGAAGGUGUUUUUUGCAGCAGAAAACAACCCUCCCAGCUCAAACACCCUGAUCUCCUCUGAUUCUGCAGCUCAAACAGAAAAACCUAACCCCACAACAUCCAAAAUCACCUGGUCGUGCACAUGCAGAAGUAUCUGAGAGGAUUUGAAGUGUGGAGGCUGAACCCUUGAGUGUGUCAUCUGUGGCGUACUGUACAGUAGUAGCUAUCAGUCUAUAUCUAUCUCUGUAUCUUUUGUGUCCUAGACCAGUUCACAGCACACUAGAUGCUGCAAUAGGCACUCUUGGCUCAAAGUUUUCAAUUUAAUCUGUUUUAUUUUCUGCAGAGGAAAUGAUAUAAUUAUUAUUAUUAGUUUGUUUUUGUCCUCUGCAGGAAGUGUUUAGGUUAUUUUAUUAUUCUGCUGUAGUUUUACAUUGAAGAAGGAACUCUUCUUCCAUCUAAUACUAAGCUAUUAUACAAAUAACACAUUUAAAGUUGCAGCCUUUAUACUACAGACUUCAUGUUGCAUUUUUUCAGCCUUAGACCAACAUAUAUACGUUUUUAUUUUCUGCAUUCACAAACAACAAUAUAAUUUUCCCAAACAUUAACUUGUAUGCAAGGUAUGGGUGGAUCGUUUAUUGGCUGCAGGCGUUUCUAGCGUUCCUCCUCUGUAAGCAGCAGGGACCCAUUGGCAAGCAUCAGACCAGGCGGGGCGCUCAGGCCAGUAACCCAACUGCACAUGCUGUAGCUGGCUGAUGGAGCUUCCACAGCCGCCACGUUGCUCCGCCUCCAUGGACAACUAGCUGUGAAAAGAGCUUUAUUUUAAAACAAAAGUGGCUCAAACGAGCAACUAAACAUGAAAAAUGCACUUUUUACAAUUCCCAAAAGUCUGUCGCCGCUCUGACUCGACAAAAAGUCGUGUCUAAGAAAUAAUUUCAAAUAAACUGAAGAUUACCUGAGACCUGGAGAUUAAACCCGAAGAAGCCAAAGGUGGAUGAAGAGUUAAGGAUGAGUCUCUCUUAUUAAACUGGAUUGGACAUCUGUCGGCGAAUUACAAAACAUCAUUUCCAUUUGGGUAUUCAAAAAGUAAAAUAGUGAAGCUGCGGCCUUUUAUCUGGCUGAUGUGUAGAAGUAGUGACAACACACUGGUAGCGGUCACCAGGGGCCAUAAUAGUGAGGAUGUGAACGAUCGAGAGCAGGCAACGUAAGGGUCGUUGUUGUUUUCUUUUAAAAAUGUCUGUUACAGGAUAAAAAAACAACAGUUUUCCGUGUGUCUGGUCACCAGCGAUGAUCUGCUCAGGACCUUCCCUUGAAUGCUUCAGUUUCCUGAAAACCACAUUUCCAAAAUCUGUAUAUUAGCUUUGGGCAGCAAAGCGGUAAAAACGGCCGUUUGAGACGGCGUUGGUUCAUUUGUCACACAUGAAUGUGAAAUCUGAGUUGGUGGUAGAAAAACAGCGAGUCAGUGAGGCUUUUUGCACAUAUUUAUUUAUAUUUGAUGUCAUAUCGAAAGAUGAGGCCAAAAAUAAUACUCUCAUUGAUUUAUUCAGGGUACUUUUGUGUAAAAAUAUCGUAGAGCUUUUUUUGUCUACCGAUAAAAAUAGAUCAAGACCGUGCAUGCAGACAGUUUUACAGAAAUCUGACCAAAACCGAAGAGGCAUCGUCACACCCAGAGCCUCAGUCAUGUUUCUUUUGCUUUGAUUUUUGCCAUUUGUUACCUUUUGGUCUGAUUCAACAGAUUUGCUGAAACAAAUCCACAGCAGAUGUCUAUUUUCAUACAACUUUUCCAGUAUCUUUGUACAUUUAAAUGCACACAACAAGCUUCAUUAUAUUCAUAAACUUUUGUACGGCUCUGGUUCUUUGCUCUGAAGGAUCUUGGCACAAACAUAAAAAAACGGAUUUGCAGAUCGUCUUUAUUUUGUUCUGAGACACAUCUAUUCAUAAUGCAGGAGUUAUAUCAGAAUAUUUGUUUCUGAACUACAAGCUGUUUAGAUUUUCUUCUCUAGAUGUGAUUCAAAUGUUUUUAACAGGAAUUCCAACAUGGCUGUCAGCAGCUUUGUUUUUAAAGAGAGUGAUUUUACGUCUGAAACUCCAACCCUGGUGCUGAGAUCCUUUUGUGGCGGGAACCUAAUGACCAGAUCAGAGCUGAUUCUGUGUACAUGUUCAGCAUCCCGUUUCCUGUCCGUUCACCCCUUUGUUUUCAGAAAGACAACAAAAAGAUGAUUGAUGCACAAGUUUUUAUCAGCGAAUGUUGAAAUGUGAAAGUCACCUGCGGGUGAGUGUAACCGUUCUGAAGACUGAUUUUUUUAGCAUGAAUAAAAAGAGGUUUUUUUUUUCUAAACUGA